CACAACUGCAGUGGUGCAGUUUGCAGUUAAAUAGUUCUGUGUUCUGUUGCAGUUUUGUAUUUCACAGCUUUUAUAUCAGAUUCAGCUUAUUUGCAUCUUAUUUGUGCUUUUUCUUCCAAAAAUCUCCAUGAAAUUUUAUAAUAAUCCAUAGUUCAUGCAUAGCAGAUCUGUACCAUGACUCAGAAACAGCUCUACUGGUUCAAUAAACGGUGUUCGGUUCCUGAUUGCUCUAACUCAUCCACCGAGGGUCCGGGCGUUAACAAGGAGUAUUUCGAUCUUCCUGCUGAACCUCAAGCUCGGAAGCGCUGGUUGAAUGCUAUACUCAUCGAGGAUGGUGACGAUUUGAAAAUUUGUGAAGAUCAUUUUCAGGAAACUGAUGUUUUCCGGGACAAAAACAAUCGCAAAAAGUUGAUAAUCAAUUCUGUUCCUAGCUUAUUAUCUAAACCAAAUAUAUGUACAAGGUGUCAUGGUUUGAAAAAUCCUUCAUCCGUAAGCUCCAUGAGCAAAACAUGCCAAUGUGAAAAUUCUGUACUUACUCCAAAACAGCCUCCCAGUGAAAAAUCUUCUGAUGCAGUUCAAUCUCCAGAACAUCCAGUAUUUUCCAAUACUGCCAAAAAACCGCGUUUGAAAUGGACAACACAUGAGAAAAAUAUCCUUUUUAAAGUAAUCAAAAGUUAUGGAGAGGUCAAAGUGGGAGCUAAAAUACAUAUCAAUUGGAGGAAUGUUGCGAUUUAUUGCCGAGCCAAGGGAUGUUUUGGUAAUCAAAACGAACUGAGAAAUGUAUGGCAAUCCAUGCGUAUCAAUGCCGUCAAAGUUUAUAGAAAUGAAAUAUUCGGAUCCAAAUUGGAUAGGAAAGUAUCAAGGUUUCUCUUUGGAAAAGCUCCCAGGAAAAACAGGAGAAAGAUUACUAAUAAUAAUAAUAAUAAUGAGAAUGAUGGUGUUUCUAAAGAAAUUAUUGACACCUCAACAACUGAAGGCGACGAACAACGUAAAAGACAAGCAAUGAUAGAGAGUGCAGAAAAAGAAGAACUAGAGACUAUCCCAACUGAUUCUACAACAGAAUCUGGUAUAGUUGUUGAAGAUAUUGAAGAAUACGACGCAGAGGAGGAAGAUAGCGACGAAUAUUUCACUUUAUCUGAUGUAGAGGAUUUCUAUCAUAUUCAAAUUCGUCCAAGAAUAAAUAACAAUGAGAUCUAGUGGAGAUUAGACGACUCACCUGAUAUAGUAAUAAUAAUUAUUAAACUUCUUGUAUUAAGAUACAAGACUUUGUUUGAAAUUUAUAUGUACAUAUUUGAUUUUUUCUCAUUAUAUUUUUAUAAAUGUUAAGUAGAAAAUAUUCCCUAAUAGUUGAGGCCCGACAUGAAUAUUGUUAUAAUUCAUUAUAGAUGUAAUAACUACAUAUAUUUAUUUGGUAUUACCAGAAUGAUUUUUUAUUAAUUAUUAAUAGUGUUAUAAUAAUAAAAAAGUGAGCGAAUAAACUUUAUUAAUUUGAUAUAAACAUGUUUGUUUAAUAUGUCAUAUUCAUAUUAUUAUACCUAACAGGACUCCAAAGGCCUGUAUGUUCAUCUCUUCUGAAAUAGUGCGGUCGGUUGUCUCGGAACACAGUUAUUGCUGGAAAUUGGUUGUCUUGGAUGUACUUUAAAGUAGCUCUUAUCUAAAAUCAUAUUUUGAAAUAUUUGUAAUUUUGUAGCUAUUAAUUAUCACCUGCAUAACAAAAUGUGGUGGUUGAACUUCAGGCGAAGUCGACAAUUGUUGCAAGAUAAAAUCGUCAGUCUGUUCCAGCCACAAAUCAACGCCUCGUAGUGGCUCAUAAUUGAAAGGCCCAAUCCUCAGAAGGCCUAGACUACAAUCGUAUAUAUCUAAAACCUGAAAUUUGAAUUUGAAACUAGUGCUCACAAAAUUGAAAUGCCCAUUACUUGAGGAAUUCCAGUUAAAUGCCGUGCCAUUCUCAGCGCUUGUUCUGGACCUUUAUCUGGAAAAGUAGCUGGAAAUAUUUCUCCGGUUUUAAUGUUGAUGCCGAUACCGUAAACUACGGGCCAUGGUAUGCCUCCUCUGAGUGUUGUGUUUAAUUCUCCCAAGCAGGCCAAUGUAAGAUCAAUUUCUACUGGAUGUUUGUGGAAAAC